AUGGAGAGUGACUCCAAGGAGAUGUUCGCUUUUGGAUCUUCAGAAGGAGAUUUGCGUCGACUUUACCCUAAUAAGUGGCCUUCUGAAGAACUUUUGCCGCUUUGGAGGCAGACCAUGGAAUGCUACUAUAAAACUGUCAUUGAUGCUGGCAAGAAAUUGCUUCACCUAGUGGCAUUGGCAUUGGAUUUAGAAGAGAACUUCUUUGAACGAGUGGGAGGUUUCAAUGAUCAAGCACCAGUUGUUCGCCUCUUACGAGAGUUGAAUCCUUCUGGAGAAGAAUCAUGUGGAGCCUCUGCUCAUUCUGAUUUUGGAAUGAUAACUCUUCUUGCAACUGAUGGAGUUCCAGGGCUUCAAGUUUGUAGGGAUAAAGAUAAAGAACCAAACAUUUGGGAAGAUGUUCCUGUAAUUAAAGGGUAA